AUGUCUCAGGCCCCUCCCAAGAGAAGACGAGGCAGGAAGAGGGCCGGAAAUGGACCGCUACUAGUAGCGCCCGACCUGGCAGGCCAAGAGAACGAGAAUGCAGACUCUGUUGAAACCGAACUCAGCAACAAAGUCGUUGAUUCUGUGAAGCCUCGGCAGCGCCGUUCUGCGCAAAAUGCCGAACCUGGUCUCCUGGAGCUGGAGAAAGAGAUCAAGGCACAACAACGCGCAGAGCGAGACACAUUCGAAUAUGCACGCGAGAUGGAGAUUGCCAAUCCAACGAAGUGGAUCCCCCAGAAACGCGAGCGCGCAGGCGAAGAAUCGGAUGCUGCGCCUGUAUCAACUGCGGUCAAGCGAAGCCGUGGCAACACAAAGGACGGGUCCCUGCUCGCAGUCCCCACACAUAAUCUCGCCGCCGCCGACUCCAGCCGUAACAUCAUCAGCGGCAUUGAUAACGCGAAGCUGGCAGAUGAUGGAGAUAUUGAGAUGGGCGACUUGUACACCGCCUCGACGCCGGAGCCCAUCGCCCAAGGUGCAGAACAGCGAGUGCAGCGAGACAAGGCAGGAACAAACCAAGCCUCGGAUCGUGACAGCGAGCACUCUGCAGAUGAUGACGCCGCCGUGUCAGAUGCGGGUCGAGAGAGUGAUGAAGAUUUUGGAGUGGACUCGGACAGAGAGCCUGCCGUCUCCAAACGUAAGGCGCAGAAGAUAGCAGAGCAGCUCAAACAAGGCACUGCUACCCUCGUCUCGACCUCUCGGGCGAAAGAACAAGGCAAGAGUAGCGGCAAUGCGUCCAAUGAUACAUCGUCGUCGGAAUACAACGCAGACUUCCUGGACAAAGAUGGCAGCAGCACGCAUGGGUCCGUCGGACACCGGGAUCACCUCCCGGAACGCGAGGACUCGGACCCCGAAUGGACGGCCACCGUAGCUCGCCAUGCAAAAGUCAGCCAGGCCCGAAGCGAGAGACGUGCCCAGGAGCAGUCGCAGGCCCGUGGGAACAAGAAAGAAACCGUAAACGAUGACGCAAAUGAACGCACUAUGUCGCUGGCCAUUCCCGUUAAGAAACCUGCCAUACAGCAGUCUGCAGGCAAGACGGCCCGUAAGGUGCCACUGAAGGGCGGGAAGGUUAAGAUGGCCCAACAGCAGCAGAGAUCAGAGCACGAACAUUUCAUCGUGUCGGACGACGAGCCUACCCGCAAGAACAAAAGCAAGGCGACUAUAGACGAGGUUGAAGCUCAGGCGCUACUCAAAGGCCAGAUUGCUAACAUCAGUACAUUGAUUCAGCGCAACUUAAUGUUGCAGCUGUAUGAAACCAGUGAAGACGACGACCUCUUUGGCAAUUCGUCCCGAGCCCCUUCUAAGCAGAAGCCGACGCAUUCCAAGAAAUCGCAACCGAGUGUCACAAGAGUCAGAGAACCCACCCCAAUAUUCGCUGACUCGGAGAAGGAUGGAGAGUCUCACGAGAAUACCUCAGACGAAGGUGACGCGGGCGGAUGGUCCGCAGAAACCUACAUCACCUUGGCCAAAGAUGGGAAGACGGUUGUGGGUAUCCUGUCGCAGCGAUCAGUCAAGAUCAGGAAUUUCCUGUCCGAAAUGAUCGCGCAUGAGCUGCCGCACGCUCUCCUGCGAGUGCACGCGUUUCCGAGUAAGACUGAGCGACCGCAAAUCUUCUUAGACCUGCUCGUCGAUGCCUCCCGGCGCCUCAAGUUCGACAAAAUCACAGAGAGGCUGCUCAAUGAUUCGCUGUAUGCGCAGCUCCUCAUGAAGAUACCUGUCGACAGGAUGUCGUCAGUCCGAGGGCCGCUCUAUGAUGCUAGCCGGGACAUCGUAUGGGAGAAGUACGGGCUCAAGGCCAUAGAACAUGAUGGUGCUGAGCUGAAGAAGGCGGUACGCGUCUUACUCUCUGGCAAUCGGUUCAUCUGUCCGGGCAAGCUCUCGAACGGAAAGUACACGGAUUUCAAGGCCGACCUACCGUUCUGCGCCCCGGCGAUCAUUGAGAUCGCGAGCACCCUAUUCUUCUGUCCCGACGCUGUCACGCCUCUUGCAGACGAGUUCUUUACGUCGUCGAUCAAGACUGGUGUUGAGGCGACUCAACGCGAGAUACCCGAAGUCAUGGCAGCAUUGCUGGCCACCAUAGCAGGUGCAGCCAUACACGAGGGACUGCAUGGCGUCCGCGCCACGUUACGAAAGAAUGGCGGCUUUAAUGCGGACACGCAAGCGCCGCUUUAUGCGGUACACCUUCAAACGCUCAAGGAACUCUCAGCUAUCGGACGCCACAAGAUCCUCGGCUACCUCUUCAAGACUGCGAAGGUUUACCAUGUCCAGGCGAUGGCUGACAAAACCAAGGCUAACACGCUCGUUAAUCCCGCGACCGCGGGGAUGAGUAUCAUUCUGUAG